UACUCCUCCUGCCUCCAGUCCCAGGUGAAGGAACUUGAAGACCAGCUGAAAGCACAAGCGGCACAGAAGCCGUCGACGCCGGCGCCACCAAAACCAGUCAGUGAUGGACCUGAUGAUCAACAGCUCGCCGCAGCCGAAGGUCGCCUGAGUGAACUCACCUUCGAGUUGAGGGAAGUGCAGAUGGCCCUGGGUGUGUUGGAGGCCAAUUCAGUUGCAGAUGCUCGCAAAAUAAGUGAACUGACUGCCUCGUAA